CGCUGCUGAACUAUAUAACGGAUUUGAGGUGAUACUCGAAGUAAAGAAAUGGAUUUCGAUCCUACUGAAAGCGAACAUACGGAUGAGGAAAACCUUACGACAUUUUCAACCGACCGCGGUGGCGGUGAUGCCGAUUUGAAUUAUGAAUCAGAACCCAGAAAUGAUAUAAUUAGCGUUAAAAUACAAACUAAGAAGCGCGAAAGUGAUCCCGAAGCAUACCUUAAAUGGCUAAAGGCUAAGAACGAGGAAGUUCGUAAAAUUCGCCAAAAAACUGAUUUAACUAAGCAAGAAUGUGAAAAACAGAAACAACUCGAAGAGGAGAUGCGUAAAGAGAUGAGCAAAGAGAAAAUCAAGCAGUGGAUGGACCGCAAGAAAAAGGAAAACGAUAAAAAUAAAACAAAAUCGCCAGACGAGCGUGAACAAUCGAUAUCUUCGGAAUACUUUCAAUGCAGUACAGAUUCAAAUUUUAAGUCGUGGUUAAGCAGAGUUAAGAAACGAGAGGAAGAGAAGAAAAACCAAGAGUCUGCUGCGAAACAAAUGGAAGACAAAGAACGUGACGAGAAAAAGAAACUAUCACAAGAAGUUUAUCGCAGAUGGCUGAAGACGGCUCACAACAAGCCGAAACCGGUGCCAUUGAACCAGGGGCUAAAUUCGUUGCGGGGAACUGUAUCGAAAAUUUUUAUCAACCCUGAACCAUGGAAAAAUUGA